AACUCCGUCCGCUUUAGAGCGACGGGGAGAAAAGAGAGCACAAUAGAAUAGUUUGCCUUAACAUAACAUGCUAUUUUGCUGCUAUUCACCUUCUGGAGUUUGAAAUAGGACUAUACGACGCGUGCACAUUCACGGACCGAAUAGUCUUAUGAUAUUUUAAUGCUACCGAUAGAGGUUUCGGAAGGAGUGUGUUUCACCUCAAGCGAACACGACGAAGGAAGGAGGGACGGGAUGAAAACAGAGGAGACCCAAUCAUGUCUUCAGCAGCCUCCAGCCUCCACGCCAUUCGGUUCAGAACAUAUGGGCGGAGGGGGCGAGGUGUGCGCGGGGUGUGAGUCGCCCAUUGCGGAUCGCUUCCUACUGCGUGUCAACGAGCGCUCGUGGCACGAGACCUGCGUCAAGUGUGCGGUGUGUCUGAGCGCGCUUAGUGGGACAUGCUACUGCAGAGACCGUCUGCUGUACUGCAAGCAUGACUACGAAAAGCUAUUUGUCAGGAAGUGCAGUGCGUGCCUGCAGGUGAUUGGGCGCUCAGAGCUGAUCAUGCGUGUUCUGGGGCAGGUGUACCACCUGGGCUGUUUCAGCUGCUGUGAAUGUGAGCGCCGGCUGCAGCGCGGAGACGAGUUUGUCCUGAAGGAGGGACAGUUGCUCUGCAGGGGAGACUACGAGAAGGAGAGGGAGAUGCUGGCUGCCAUCAGCCCCACACCCACUGAGUCAGUGAAGAGUGAGGAUGAGGAUGGUGGGGGCGGUUCUGUAGGGGGGAAGGGCGGCGAAGGGAAGGACCACAAACGGUCAAAGCGACCACGCACCAUCUUGACCACACAGCAGCGCAGAGCUUUCAAGGCCUCCUUCGAGGUGUCCUCCAAACCUUGCAGAAAGGUGAGAGAGACACUGGCAGCUGAGACCGGGUUGACUGUUCGAGUCGUGCAGGUGUGGUUCCAAAACCAGAGAGCAAAGAUGAAGAAGAUAGCUCGCAGGCAGCAGCAACAGCAACAGCAGCAGCAGGAACAGGAGCAGCUGGGAGGGUCCAGGAGAGGGCCGACCAGGGGGGGGCGACAGAGCAACGAUGACAGUGAGGACGGUUCUAGUGGUCACGGAUUGGACGGUCUGUUGUCGUACCCUUCGUUGCCACGACAGCAGCUACUGGCUCUGGACCCCAACAUCUACGGAGGAGAGCCGUUCCGCCAUGGCCUCACACCCCCUCAGCUGGGCUCUGAACAUCUCCACUCCUACGAUUCAGAGACUGUGUUCCACGAUCUGGACAGCGACGGGAGCCUCAGUCACCUCGGCGACUGUCUCCUGGCAGUGGCGGACAGUGGGCUCCUGGCGGGCCGGGUGGGAAACCCCAUCGACCGCCUCUACUCCAUGCAGAACUCCUACUUCACAUCCUGACCCCUCACCCUUGACCCCUGAUUCACUCCACCAAUCACCACUCAGAGAAGCAGCUAAUGGCCAGUUAUCCUACUAGACCCAGAAGGUCAUCACACCAACCAUGCUUGAGCUGGGUCCAUAUCCAUGUCUGACCAGGCUUAUUGUACAUGACCAAGUAAAAGCAUAAUAGGAAACACCUGGUCAUGUUCUGUAGGGAGGAAACCUUAGGAGUGAAAUAGGGAUGUACUACCUCGACUUAUCCACUAAGAACACGUUUUUCCAUACCAAACACGACCCAGGUAGCCAUUUAAGGUUUCAACUAUGACGUAGGGCGUGAACUAAAUCUGGCUUGCCCGUUACUUACUUAAACUGCAUACUGUGUACUAAUCAUAUUACAUACUAUUUAGAACAUUGUGUUUAGUACAAACGUAUGCAUUAAGCAACAAAUAUCAAAACACUACUCAUCCACACUGAGAAGGCAUCAUCGAAUGAGCAAUCGCUUUUGUCCCCUAAUCUGAUUAUCAGUUGUUGUCGAACACACGGGUGUGAAAAGACGAUUAUCUUCCUCAAUAGUGCCUCGCGAAUUCUACUAGAUGGAAAGCCAAAAUGAGUAUGACAUCCGGGCAUUUAAAGUAACACUAGCUCUUCAAGAUUUCACAUACUAUAAAACUUUUUUUCACAUACUCAAACGUCCUACUAAUUUAGGACGCAAGUAUGGGUAUUCGGACACGGCCACUCUCUUUUGCUUGAUCCCAACGUCCUACCUGUAGCAGACAGAUGUGAAAUCCUAUGACAUCAUACUUUAUCUGAUACUCUCUCAUGUUUCAUAUAAGGGAGGGGAGGAUUGCCCAGGAAAGCAAGAGCAGUUAAAGUAUUUUGAAGAGAAGAAAUACUAUUUGAAUCCAGGUCUGUCAGGUCUGUGUGUUUGUGAGUCAGAAAUCUAUGUUACUUAUUAGGUUGCUAAUGAAUGGGGAGUGUUUAAUUAAUUUAGCUCAUGAUCUGACCUGCUUAUGCUUGUCCACAUGGUUAGGGAGUCUUCUUGGCAGCUGGGUUUAGGAGCAGAGUGAAGACACAUACCAGAGAGGUUACAGCAGGCUAGAGGCAGAGCUGCCACCAGAACAUGAUUCAACCCAAAAAACGUUGUAUUGGAGAUGGCCACUGGUUCAUAGCACAGAUGGGGUCAAUUCAGCCAAAUCAGAAAGUGAAUGGAAGUUGAGCCUAAAUGAAUGACUGGAAUAAAGGUACAGGUAGAUAUGGAGGAACGUUGGAGGGAUAGCUUUCAUUAUAGGUUGAGAUGAGUUGAAGGAUACAGAGUGGCACGCUCGAUUUGUAUGUGAAUGAGUGAAGUAUGUGGGUUAGGUAACUUAGGUCUAGAGUUUGCGCUCAGGUUAGUGUGUUAGAAUUUUUAUCAAUGUUAUACAGGAAAUUAUUUACACAUCACUCUAACCCCCGAUUAGUUCACAUUAGUCAACAUAGCGAAAGGAGAUAUUUAGACCAUAGAUACAAUCAGGGUCCUAUAGAGCAGUGCUUCUCAAUCUUGGUCCUGGGGACCCAAAGGGGUGCACAUUGAAAAGAGAGCGAAAGAAAAAAAGAAGCAAUGUUAUGCCUGGUCUGCUUACCUUUCUGCAUGGUUUGGAGGACACCUCGAAGGAGGCCUUGAAAGCUCUGCGCUGCUGCGUGGUCAAGAUGGUGCGUUGUCAGGUGCGAAAGGAAAAAAACAAAAAUGUGCACCCCUUUGGGUCCCCAGGACCAGGAUUGAGAAACACCACUACAGAGUAGACUGACAGGGUCAUUCGGAGAAAAGUAUAAAGGAAACAGGGUUGUGUAAAGGAAAGUGUAACGCUUUCAUGUAGCUUUGGCUCAGGGGUUUAUGUGGGGCUUGCUUGGGAAUGCUCAGCAUCAGCAAGCCGUAUGUAACACCAUGGAUCAGAGGUAGCCUUCAUGUAAUUAUUUCUUUGAUACUGUGAAGUAUUCACUAAUAAAGGUGCAGGAGUUUGUCCUUGGCUGGAAAAACUCAAGGCCCUAACUAAAAUGUAGAAGUUGAAUACUAAUUGGUGUGUAACACUUAAGUAAAAAGUAUGAUUAGGCCCAGGAGUCUUUCCUGGUCAGGUCAUGUGGUCAGGAAAACCGCUGGCCCUAGCUACGAUAAACAAGUACGUGUUCCAAUGUAAAAUAAUUGUGUUAAUAUUAUUGUUGUUACAAUGAAUACAGUACUACUAUAGAUAUAAUCACUGUAAUUAUUUCUUUGAUCGAAAACACACCUUACAAUAGACGUUCAAUAUUUUGUACUCUUAUGGUUAAGUAUUUAUGUUGUAGCAUGAGCUGUGUGCCACACUUUCAAAAUGUAAAUAAUUAUUACUAUGAACAUAGCACUAAUGAUAGUAUUUUCCUAUAGCUUAUACCCACACUGGGACCAUCUUGUGGAGUCCGCUUCCUGUAUGAUUUCUCAUAAUUGACUGAUAUAUAUUUUUUACAGUAUAGUAUUUACGUGGAUAUAAUUUAUUGUGGGAUACAUUUCUCUGGAAGGUAUGAGAAAUUCUUAUUCUUAGAUUGUCUGAAAGAAAUUGUUCCAAGUUUUUGUUCUGUGACCUAUUCCAGUGUAUGUGCUCUUUGCGUGUAAUGUCGCCUUUCUUCAAUAUAACCUGUCAAUUCAGAGUGAGACUAAAUAUGCCUACAUUAUUCUGAGUAUGUGUAAGAUGUUGAUGAUGCAAGGCUUCUUCUGCUAACUGAGUGUACAAAACAUUAUGAACACCGGCUCUUUCCAUGACACAGACUGAAGAGGUGAAUCCAGUUGAACUAUAAUACCUUAUUGAUGUCACUUGUUAAAAUGAAGAGGAGACGGGUUAAAGAAUGAU